AUGAUUAUUAAAUCGACUGACCUAUCAUUCGAGCCAUUCUGGGGUUUUUUUCGUUCAUAUUGCUCUAUUUUCCUGCUUACGAAUAUUUUCAUUCGUCUUUCCCUUCCUACUUCAACUCUCUCUCUCUCUCUCUCUCUCUCUCUCUCUCUCUCUCUUUUCGUCACCAGAUACAUUAUAACCGCCCCACCCCCUUUCACCACAAGAGUGAAUCUAUACGAUUCCGAAAUUUCUGGUGUUUAUUUUCGCUUUUAUUUUCUUUCUUUGUUUUUCCACCGUGAUCAUCGAAUUCCUUCUUUUCUUGGCUUAACUAUUGAAGAUUUAUCUAUUACGAAUUGCCUUUCUUCGAAUUCUUUCUUUGUUUACCAAUCCCAUGUGUUGCUAAUGGCCACUGGCACCGACAGGAAAGACGCAACCUCAUUAAACUACAAAGAAGUCACAGCGUCAGCAGAGGAAGAGGAAGCAAAAGCUGAACCCAAACCGGAAGAAAAAGUGACUAAAGCAGUAGACACCGAAGCAGUCGAAGAAAAAGAAAAAGUAGAUGUUGAGCCAACAAAAGCAAUGCCUAAAGCCGAACCGGAAACUGAAGCCAAAACCAAAUCAGAGGCGGAAGAAGAAACUAAAGCCGACGGCGGAGCCAAUACACUGCGCAUGUGCACUGGAGCCUUAAUUCUUGUGUUUGCCUUGGUUAUCCCUAUUUUCUGA